GAUGUGGACGUGGCACAGCGCUGCAGCAGUUCCGCUGAAUGUCCGCUCCUGACUCCGAGGAGGGAUUAGUGAGAAACACCCCGGGACCCACAUCCACUUCACAGUUUGUCGGCCGCCGGGUUUCUUUCCUCCCCUCAUCACAGUUUUGAAAAGAAGACAACCUUUCCCCAUUCCCCCACACUCCGCAGAUUUAGGGAUGAACUGAGGAUGAAUGUAAACCAGCCGACUCCAAUGGCCUCUCCGUACGGCCAGCCCCAGCCCGGCUACGGCCAACCUGGCUACGCACCCCUGGAUGGGGGAUACCCUGCACCCUACGCACCCUACAACGGCCCUGCGUCGGCCUACCAGCCCGGGGCUCCGCCACAAGGUCCUGCCAGGGGUCCUCCCGCCUCUGGAGCCCCCCCUGUCUCCGCGCCUCAACCGUAUAAUCAGUACAGUCACAGUCGAGGCGACAUGCAGAAUGGACCCCCACUUAUGACACAGGCACCACCCAGGCCUGCUGUGCCUCAGCCGUACAACCAGGGGCCUGUGAACCUGUCAGGGGGGCAUCCCUCCUAUCACCAACACUACGGGCACCCACCCUCAAUGCAGCAGGUCACUAACCAGAUGACUGGGAUGCAGAUCACCUCUGGACCGCCAACCCCCGCAGGCCCAGGAUACGCUCCACCUCACAGCUCCCAGCCUCCUGCCAGUACUGCCUACUCGGCCGCACCUCCGCCCUCGUACACCCAAGCCCCUCCCCCCGCAUCCUCUGCCCCGACCCAGCCACCACCUCCCAGUGGCCCUGCAGCUUCUCACCUCAGGCAGUGACUAUGGAGGGGCCACCGCCUUCCUUCUCAAGCAGCCAUCUUCACUCUUCUCUUCCCCCAUACCUCUUCAACAGCAUUCACCUCUUUCGCACCGCCGCCUCCCCCGCCCUCUCAGCAAACCUUAUCUCCCGCCUCUCAGCAAACCUUCCCUCCCUCCUCCUACUCGGGUCCUGUGCCUCCACCCAGCCAGGCUCCAGCUCCCCCAGUGUCCCAGCCACAGCAGCCCUUCCCUCCAGCCCAGCCCCCCUUCUCCUCAGCACCUCCACCUGUCAGCCAGCCUGCCUUUGUGUCCGGCCCUCCUCCCCCUGCCCAGGGCUCCUUCCCACCUAGAGCACCCCCUCCUUCCUCUCAACCUGGGUCUUUUCCUCCUCCCACCUCAGUUUCCUCUGGCCAGUACCCAGGCCCAAUGCCACCCCAUCAGCAGCCCCCUCCAUCCCAGCCACCCCCCUACCUCUCAGGUCCUCCCCCUUCCGGUGUCCAGAUGCCCCCCACUUCCAUGGCCCAGAGUAACCACCUCCCUCCAGGACCACAGGGCCCACCGGGACCACCGGGACCCCCGGGCCCCCCUGGGCCCCUGCAGCAGCCUCAGUCUCAGCUCGGCAUGCAGGGAGGAUACCCUCCUCAGCAGAAUGGUGCAUUUGGACAGGUGAGAGGCCCUCAGCCUGGAUAUGCAGGCCCUUAUCCCGGACAACCAAACUAUGGAGCCCCUGCACCAGCACCAGCUCCGGCUCCCCCUGCACAGAAAAGACUUGACCCAGAUGCCAUUCCCAGUCCGAUCCAGGUAAUAGAAGAUGACAAGGCUAAGAGCAACGAGCCAUUCACCACAGGGGUCAGAGGUCAGGCCCCACCGCUGGUCACCACUAACUUCCAGGUCAAAGACCAGGGGAAUGCCAGUCCCAGGUUUGUCCGCUGUACGGCCUACAAUAUGCCCUGCACAGCUGAUAUGGCCAAGCAGUCUCAGGUGCCACUGGCCGCCGUCAUCAAGCCCCUCGCCACGCUGCCGCCAGAUGAGAGCCCUCCAUACCUGGUAGACCAUGGCGAGAGUGGUCCAAUCCGCUGCAACCGUUGCAAGGCCUACAUGUGUCCAUACAUGCAGUUCAUAGAGGGAGGUCGCCGCUUCCAGUGUGGGUUUUGCAGCUGCGUCACAGAGGUGCCUCCACAUUACUUCCAGCAUCUGGACCACACUGGUAAGAGGGUGGACUGCUAUGACAGGCCGGAGCUUUCCCUGGGCAGCUACGAGUUCCUGGCCACCGUUGACUACUGUAAGAACAAUAAGCUUCCUCAGCCUCCAGCCUUCAUCUUCCUUAUUGAUGUUUCCUACAACGCAGUGAAGAGCGGCAUGGUCAACAUUGUCUGCCAGGAACUCAAGACCCUCCUAGACUAUCUGCCCAGGGAGAACCCAGAAAUGGACUCUGUGGUUCGGGUGGGUUUUGUCACCUACAACAAGGUUUUACACUUCUACAACGUCAAGUCGAGUCUGGCCCAGCCCCAGAUGCUGGUGGUGUCGGAUGUAUCGGACAUGUUUGUGCCCCUGCUUGACGGUUUCCUCGUCAACGUCAACGAGAGCCGGCUAGUUAUUGAGAGUUUGCUGGACCAGAUCCCAGAGAUGUUUGCAGACACCAGGGAGACAGAGACAGUCUUUGGACCUGUCAUCCAGGCAGGACUGGAGGCACUCAAGGCUGCGGACUGUGCAGGGAAGCUGUUUGUGUUUCACACCUCUCUGCCCAUCGCAGAGGCUCCUGGAAAACUAAAAAAUAGAGAAGACAAGAAGCUGAUUGGGACAGAUAAGGAAAAGUCUCUGUUCCAGCCCCAGGUGGGUUUCUACAACACCCUGGCUAAGGAGUGUUGUGGUUUAUUGCACAGGAAAACAUGUAAAAUGUGUGAAUCAUUCACAUACUGCUCUUCGCUCUUCAAUAUAUUAUUCUAAAUAUAUUUUUAGUAGUAUACGUUCCCCAACCAAUACGUAGACGUUGCCACGUUAGGGGUGGUUCCUGUCUCCACUGGAGGCUCUGUCUACAAAUACACCUACUUCCAGGCGCAGUCGGACAAGGAGAGAUUCCUGAACGACCUCAGACGAGACAUUCAGAAACUAGUAGGGUUUGAUGCUGUCAUGAGGGUGCGAACCAGUACAGGUAUCCGAGCGACAGACUUCUUCGGCUCCUUCUUUAUGAGUAACACCACAGAUGUGGAGCUAGCAGGCCUGGACUGUGACAAGGCCAUCACUGUCGAGUUCAAACAUGAUGACAAGCUCAGCGAGGAGACGGGGGCACUCAUGCAGUGCGCCGUGCUAUACACCAGCUGCAGUGGCCAGAGGCGUCUCCGCGUCCACAACAUGGCGGUGAACUGCUGCUCUCAGCUGGCUGACCUGUACCGCAACUGUGAGACAGACACAAUCAUCAACUUCUUCUCCAAAUAUGCUUUCCGUGGCGUCCUCAGCAACCCCACCAAGGCAGUGAGAGACACUCUGGUCAACCAGUGUGCUCAGAUUCUGGCCUGCUAUCGAAAGAACUGCGCAAGCCCCUCAUCUGCUGGUCAGCUGAUCCUCCCAGAGUGUAUGAAGCUGCUGCCUGUCUAUCUGAACUGCGUGCUGAAGAGCGACGUGCUGCUGCCGGGAGCCGACGUCUCGUUGGACGACCGGGCUUACCUGAGGCAGCUGAUUAGCUGCAUGGACGUCGCAGAGAGCCACGUAUUCUUCUACCCCCGCCUGCUGCCACUGACGAAGUUGGAAAGCGGGUCGUUGCCAGUGGCGGUGAGGGACUCAGAGGAGAGGCUGUCUAAAGGUGGAGUUUACCUCCUGGAGACGGGACUCCACCUCUUCCUGUGGGUGGGAGCCAACGUUCAGCAGGAGCUGCUGCUCAACAUCUUCGGCACGCCGAGCUUCAGCCAGAUAGAGCCGAGCAUGACCAAUCUGCCAGUGCUGGACAACCCCUUCUCUCAGAGACUCAGAGAGAUCAUAGACUCCUUCAGAGCUCAGCGAUCACGAUACAUGAAGCUGAUGGUGGUGAAACAGGAAGACAGAACCGAGCUGAUAUUCAGGCACUUCUUGGUCGAGGACAAGAGCGCCAGCGGGGGAGCGUCAUACGUGGACUUCUUGUGUCACAUGCACAAGGAGAUCCGCCAGCUUCUCAGCUAGGCCUACAAAGUCCCACCCUCACCUGUAUGACCCCCCCGCCCCACCCUCACCUCCCCUUUUCACCCUUCCUUGUGAAAGAAAGCGCUUUAUCUUUUUUUUUUUUUUUAAACCUAAUAAACUAAAGCUCUCCUCGCUGUCUGUCAGCUGAGCAUCAGAGACCGGCUGGCAGAUUUCGUUGUGUGUGUGUUAGUGCAAGUGUGUGUGUGUGUGUAUGAGCGAGAGAGAGAGAGAGUCUGAUGUUAAUAGAGCUUUACUCUGCCUCAAAUCUGCUGCUCCAACACAGCAGGAGCGAAAUAACUGACGAGGGAGGGUAAUGUAUAUACACAAGUGAACAAUUAUGUAUGCAACAGACUGAGUGAGUGUCGGAGACGGCUGAUGUUGACUGUAGUCGGUGAACUGUCUGUAUUACUAGCACUGAAAAGGCUGUUUCGGGUGAAUAAACGACCCUCGGAUAGCAAACACUUUUUAUAUGAUUGAUUCCCAAUAGAGAGAAGGACAUCUACGUACCAAGACAUAAAUGGAAUGAAUAAAUGCUGUUGUUUUCUGUCUCUUCUCUCCUUUUAAUCAUGGCCUUAGUACCCCCUUCCCAUGCUGCUCCAAUCAUCCAUAAUGUAUGUGUGUGUGUUUCCAGAUGUGAGAGGAUUAGUCACCCACUGCCCGAUUCUUAUUUCCCGGUAUGUCUCCAGAUGUGAGCAAAUGAAUUUAAGCCUAGAUUUAAAGGCUGAAACUGGAGCCUGAUGACCUUUCGCCCACAGAAAGCAUUAAAGAAGCAUGUUGAAAUGUAAAAUCUGGGUUUAGAGUCCACGAGUAAACUGAAAAAUAAAGCUCAUAUGGCUGCUGUGACUGAUAACAAGUCAUUAGAGCAAUUGGUACAAUCCAGAUUUGCUUAAAAUCAGCUUCAGUUGAUUGCGUUACUGAUGCAAACAUCCGCUCAGAUGUUUGGUCACUGAUGAACCAGAUGUUGUGAUUCUGUUAUGAGAGAAAGCUUUCAUUAGUUCAAAGUCUAUGCAGCAACGAGAAAAGGUCAGACACAAUGAAGAACAAAAGAAAUCGACGACAGGUGUGAAAUUUUGAUCUAGGGAUCACGGCGGCGGGGGAAAUACCCCCCUCGUGGUUAGUUUCUGUCUGUUGAUGACAUGUAGUGCUGCAGACUUUAUAUCGAUCAGUUUUGGUGUCCAAAAUUGUACAAAAAAAAGCAAUUUCCAGCAGACAGAAAUGAGCACAGAAUGACAGCGGAUAAAUGGACAUCAGUUAAUGUUCGCAAAAUCUUGAGUUGUCUCCGCACUGGCGAUGUUCAGUCAGUGUGUAAAUAAAAAUAUAUAAUCUGUACAGAAUUAAUAGAAAAUAACAAUUUUAAAGACCUGCCUGAACAGCUGUGGUUUGUUGAUGGUUGAUUUCUCUGUCACAAAUAGCCUGAAUAUAAAAUCAGGGCUUUUACUGAAGAGAGGAAGACCUUGACUGGCUUUUUUGAUAUGUUCGUGUGCGUGUGAGUGAGUGCGAGGUGUGAGAGUGUGUGUGUGUGUGAAUGUGGGGUCGGUCCUGGUGAAUUUCUCCUAAGGAACAGAGGGAUCAGCCAACACACACACACACACACACACUACCCAUAAGAUUAAAUUCAGUCUUCUUCAUUUAUCACUUGGUUCCUUUUUUAACAAUGUGACUUUCGUGUUUUGUUUGGUGUGUGUGCAGCCCUCUGUUCCGUCUUUAUGUUCACUGACUUUAAUUAGCCCACCGUCUUGACUGUAAUCUUGAUUUCUGUUCCUUUUUUUCUUUGAUUUUUUUUUUUCAUUGCCUCUUGGGACUGCUAAUAAAAUGAUUGUUGAAAGUGAAA